AUGGCUCCGUUUGAAGCUUUAUACGGUAGAAGAUGUAGGACGCCAUUAUGUUGGUAUGAAUCCGGUGAGAGUGCGGUAACUAGACUAGAGAUUGUUCAAGACACGACAGAAAAGAUUAAAAUGAUUCAGGAGAAGAUGAAAGCUUCUCAAAGUCGUAAGAAGAGCUAUCACGAUAAGAGGCGGAGAACACUGGAAUUUCAAGAAGGAGAUCAUGUAUUUUUGAGAGUGACUCCUAUGACAGGUGUUGGUCGAGCGCUGAAGUCAAGGAAGUUGAUACCACAUUUAUUGGUGUCUCAGUUGCGGAAAUACAUUACAGAUCCGUCUCAUGUGAUCCAAGUGGAUGAUGUGCAAGUGAAGGACAAUUUGACAGUUGAGGCAUUUCCUACGAGGAUCGAAGACUGA